AUGUCUUCUGGUAUAUCUUCCAGCAUACCCUUAAACAUCCCCUUGAAUAUCCCCUCCAACAUACACUCCGACAUACCUUCCGACGUACCCCACCGACAGCCAGACAUCACAAGCCGAGUUUACAACAAACAGCUGACGUCUGCGCAAAUCGAUAAGGUAUACUUGGCCUUACAGCUGGAGAAAUGGGCAAGAUCUGACCAGGCCUACCGUAUUUCAGCGGGCUGCACCCUCGAAAGCAGCAUUCUCCGCGAAGAAUUUGUAUUCGAGGUCGAGAGAAGGUUUCUGGUCAUCUUCCAGACGAUUUUUACUGGAGAGGUUCGAGCCAUCUAUGGGCAGCCCCCUGGGACCCUGGACUUCGACGAACUUCGCAAAGCCAUAGAAAGGAUCGGGUUCGCCAGUUGGCCAACGCACAAGGGCUCCAAAUACAAGUUUCGACCUGUGGACGGCUUGAUCAACAGAGAAGUCGCUGCCAAGACCAUCUUCAUCGAUAAGUGGCACAAGGGGCCGGCGCCAUGGAUCAUCGCCCAGAAAUGGGGCCAUACUAUCACGGUCCAAUAUGGGAUCCGCGGUGCGGAUUUUCGACUAAAGGCUGUUCUCUGA